AUGAGACUCCAGACGCUGGUUUCCGGCCUCCUGGCCCUCGCCUCCUUCGCUGCUGCCGGCAUGGUCAAGCGCGCCGCUCUGGCCCAGGUGACGAACUUCGGUCCCAACACAUCGGGCGCAAAGAUGUUCAUCUACGUCCCCGACAAGCUCGCCGCCAACCCGCCCAUCGUCGUGGCCAUCCACUACUGCAGCGGCACCGCUCAGGCCUACUACUCUGGCUCUCCCUACGCCCGCCUUGCCGAUAUGCACGGCUUCAUUGUCAUCUACCCCGAGUCGCCCUACAGUGGCACCUGUUGGGAUGUGUCGUCGACGGCCAGCCUCACCCACGACGGCGGCGCAAACAGCAACAGCAUCGCCAACAUGGUCACAUGGACCAUAGCCCAGUACAAGGCCGACUCGAGCCGCGUCUUUGUGACCGGGACGAGCUCGGGUGCCAUGAUGACGAACGUGCUCGCAGCUACCUACCCCGGCAUGUUCGCCGCCGCUAGUGUCUACGCUGGCGUCCCCGCCGGGUGCUUCUACACGGGCACCGUCAACGGCUGGAACUCGAGCUGCGCGACCGGAGCCUCGAUCCACACCCAGGCCGAGUGGACCAGCACGGCCCUGAGAAUGUAUCCCGGCUAUACAGGCCCCCGCCCCAAGAUGCUCAUCAACCACGGCUCGGCCGACACGACCAUCUACCCCCAGAAUUUCAAUGAGACGCUGAAGCAGUGGGCCGGCGUGUUUGGGUACACGUAUGGUUCCCCCCAACAGACUCUCGCCGGCAACCCCUCGGCGGUGUGGACAAAAUACGUGUACGGGCCAAACCUGGUCGGCGUGUACGGCACUGGCAUAACCCACAACAUCCCCAUCAACGGCGACCAGGACAUGGCGUGGUUCGGUAUCACGGGCUCCAGCCCCACUAGCACGGCUGUUACGACCGCCACAUCCGCCAUAACCGCCACCACGCUCGUGACAUCUGCCCAGACCUCGACGUCGGCCGCAGCGACUACGACUCCCGCCCCUGGAGGCUGCUCUGCUGCCCGCUGGGCGCAGUGCGGUGGCAAUGGUUAUGCCGGAUGCACCGCAUGUGCGAGUCCCUGGACCUGCAAGUACUCCAAUGACUGGUACUCCCAAUGCCUGUAA